GUUAUUGUGCACCAUCUGCGUCAUGGAUUUCCGUGUGGGGCAACAGCGUCAACUCUACAGCUGGCGAAAACAAGCUGGAUAUUGGCCGAUAUGGACCCGUCAACUUGCCGUAGCGUUACAACAAGGAUCUCUUCUAUUGAUCCCCGUAGCCGCAUUCGUACAAACAUGGCGCUACAUGAACAAAGGACCCCCAGAUAUACUAGAGCGCAUCCAAAACCUAUACCGGCCUCGUAUGGGCGCGGACACCAGCCCGCCGCCCGUGGGGCCGCGCCCGGCCCGUGCUGCGCCCGCGCCCGAUCCGCCGCCCAAAUACACGCCCCCGCCUUCGUAUUCUACCGCUACGGGGGCGCGCCUGCUCAAUACUAUUAGGAGGAGCUUCCGGACCUUGAGAAGGUAAGAGUUUCCUUAUGAGAGAAGAAAGCACACUUUGUUGUCACUAUUAGCCACAAAGUACACGCCUCCGGACCUUGAGAAGGUAAACAAAGCUAGAUUUGAGGCUCCCAUAGUGAGAUACAGGCACACGUCCUUGUCAAUAAGAACCCUUUUUCACGAGAACGCUGCCCAAGUACACGCCCCCGCCUUCGUAUUCCACUGCUACGGGGGCGCGCCUGCUCAAUACUAUUAGGAGCUUCCGGACCUUGAGAAGGUAAGCAAAGCUAGAUUUUAGGCUCCCAUAGUGAGAUACAGGCACACUUCCUUGUCCUUGUCAAUAAGAACCCUUAUUCACGAGAACGCCCGCGCCCGAUCCGCCGCCCAAGUACACGCCCCCGCCUUCGUAUUCUACUGCUACGGGGGCGCGCCUGCUCAAUACUAUUAGGAGGAGCUUCCGGACCUUGAGAAGAAUAACCUCAUCCCACACUCAAUCACUAACUGAAGACACAUCACAAAUACCGAUCACGCUGAGCGAGAGCGUAGACCGC